CCACCAGAUUCGUUGGUUUUCAUAAAGUUGCAUUUGGCUGUGCCACUUCCACCCGUGUUUAUAAGGCGUAAUAUUCAACUGGAGAUACUUCAGAGACGAACUUGGCCUUAUUUCGAUGCUAUGUUGUUUUUGAAAGACACGGUCACGCCCAGACAAACAACAACAAACAUCGUCUCCCAAACGCCAGAAGUUCUCGGACAAGAACCAGAUAUACUGGAUACUUCCUUUGGAUUCCAAAUAGGCGAGAGUGGGAACAUUAUAAUAGAAGAGCAAGAAACCACUGCCCCAACGCCGGCUAAGAGACAAAAGAAAAAAAACGAUGAGAACGCCGCCUUUAACGAUCUAGUCAACGAAGUAAGUCAGUUUGUGGAUAGUCAAAAAAAAAACACACACAACAAUUUCUUGGGUGCGAUUGGCGAAGUGUUUGAGAAGGUCCCAGAAGAGAGCCGCCUAGAUUUUCAAAUGGACGUACUUCAAUACGUCUAUGCUCAAUAUAAAAAUUAUAAAAAUUGAAUUUACGAAAUUUAAAAAUUUAAAUGACAUCCAGUUUGAUUUCAAAGGUUUGACUGAAAGGUAUAUUGUUUGUAACCACUAUACUGUGUAAAACGGUUUUAACUUAAAAGACUGAAUGAAAUAUAUGUUAUGUUAACGCCAUACUUACCUUGAACAAAAAUUAAUUUAAAAACCUGAAAGAUGUGACGACAUUUAAAACAUUACCAAUAAGUGCCCUCAUACUGUGAGUUCAAAUUUUUGUUUUCUAUCUUAAAUAAUAAAAACAAAGCAUAUUC